AUGCGUCGAUAUAAUUUUAUUAAAGUACUUGGUGAAGGACAGUAUGCUGUUGUAUAUAAAGCAAAAGAUACACGAACAAACGAUGAUGUUGCAGUAAAAAAAAUUAAAAUUGGUAGUCGACAAGAAGCAUCUGAUGGAAUUAAUUUAACAGCUUUAAGAGAAAUUAAAUUUCUUCAAGAGGUUAAACAUCCAAAUGUUAUUGAAUUACUUGAUUCAUUUGGAGAAUAUGGUUCAAACAGUCCAAGUAUUUGUUUAGUAUUUGAAUUUAUGAACACUGAUCUUGAAAAUAUUAUUAAUAAUAGAAAUAUUCUGUUAACAACAACACAUACAAAAUCAUAUAUGAUUAUGUUAUUACUUGGCCUUGAAUAUCUUCAUAAUAAUUGGAUACUUCAUCGAGAUUUGAAACCAAACAAUUUAUUAAUUGAUAAACGUGGUGUUUUAAAAAUAGCUGAUUUUGGUUUAGCAAAAUUUUUUGGUUCACCAUCAAGAUUAAUGUCACAUGAAGUUGUGACAAGAUGGUAUCGAUCACCUGAAUUACUUUUUGGUGCAAAAAAAUAUGGUACUGCUGUAGAUAUAUGGGCAGCUGGUUUAAUCAUGGCUGAACUACUUCUUCGAGUACCAUUAUUACCCGGUGAUUCAGAUCUUGGUCAAUUAUUGAAAAUAUUUGAAGUAUUUGGAACACCGACCGAUAGUAAUUGGCCAGAUGUAAAAACAUUCUCAGAUUAUAUUGAAUUCAAACAAACGGAACCAAAACCACUACGAACUAUAUUUACAACAUCAAAACAAGAUGAACUUGAUGUAUUAGAACGAAUUAUGCAACUCGAUCCAAAACGACGACCAAAUGCAAGCGAAACUCUUCAAAUGGAAUAUUUUAGUAAUCCACCAGCUCCAUGUCCAAGUGAACGUUUACCUAAACCAAAAGAAGUUCAACAAACUGAACAUAACAAACGUAAAUUAGGAAAUGAUGAAAAAGUUACUGUGAAAAAAGAAAGACCAUAG